AUGGAAACGAGAAACGUGAAAGAAGUAAAAAGUGCUAUUUGUAAUGCCGACAGACCACCGACAAAACACAAAACGGCUGCCGAGCUUUCAAGUUUCGUUCGAGUUUUCGAUUUGUGGGACACACCAAGUGCCGAAGAAAACUUCGAUCCGACCACCGAUUCGUACGCCAAAGAAACCGACGAUUAUAUACUUUGUUUGGAGACAGUGAGGAAGACAUUUAAAUCAAAUUACGUUCUGAUUGUUGAAGAUGACGUUGUCAUGAAACUCGGCAGUUUGAAAACUUUGAAGUAUUUUAUAUCCAAUCUAGAAACUCGUCACGCUGACGAUUGGAUAUUUCUGAAGUUAUACUAUCCCAAAAAAUGGCUUGGCUACAGUAGAGAACUUAGAACCAUCUUAGAACUGAUCUCGUCAUCCAUACUCAUCUCAUCAAUCAUAACAAUCGUUAUAAGCCUCAUCAAAAAAAUACGAUCGCGUUCAAUAAUCAUCUUACAAAUAUUCUUCUCACUAAUAAUCCUCCCCACUUUCCUAAUUUUAGGCAGACAGACUUCGGUGCGCUGGCGUGAGAUCUCCUCAUCAUUCCACACGUUGUACUUAACACCGGGCUGUUGCACACAGGCCAUGCUCUACAAUUCAAAACACAUCUCACAACUAAUCGAAUUCCUCAAAAAGUCAAGAACUAACAGUAAAAAUCCGAUCGACUUACUGAUAGAUGACUACGUGAAGUCUGCCGACUUACGUGGCUACCUCGUUGAACCGAGUUUGUUUGAUCACAUUGGCUUUUGGUCUUCGUUCAGCAACAACAAAAAAGACGCCAUCGACUUUCUAUGA